AUGUGACCGACUGCCCAAGCGGCUAACGAGUAGAUCACUGGCGAAGAGUAUUAAAGCAAUACAUCUUUAUUAAAUAUGCCUUGGACAAAUUCAACACAAAAUUAAAGUGAAGUUUAUAUUUACUGAGUGUUAAAUUUACCUUUACAUUUACGCAAUUGCAACAUGAUAACUUGAUAUAAAACUUUAAUUUACAUAUAUAAGGAACACUAAAUAUAAUUAUCAGUGUUAAAUAAAAGCAAUUAAAUCGGUGUAGUCCGGUAGAGUGGUUAUCGGUAUUCAGAAGGAAGGGUUCAGUUAGUUGUCUCAAGGACCCGCAGUCAGCAGUAAGCAACACGUAUUUCUUAUCUCUACCGCAAUGUUUAGGCGAAGUUUAACUCGACUGUCAUCAUAUAUCGACAAAACAACAUGGAGGAGGACUGAAACUUCAUAUAGUAAUGGUCAUACUCGAGGGUUGAGGACGACAUCGGUCAUGCCAGCUUUAUUUAAUGUACAAGAUGAGGAAGACUUCACUGAUCGGGUCCUCAAAUCAUCAACUCCGGUCGUCGUUGAUUUCCAUGCCCAGUGGUGCGGACCGUGUAAGCUGCUUGGCCCACGUCUUGAGACCAUUAUAGGGGGUAAAGGAGAUAAAGUUCACUUGGCAAAAGUAGAUAUUGAUGAUGUAUCAGACCUGGCACUUGAUUAUGGGGUGUCUGCUGUCCCUUCUGUCCUGGCUGUAAAAGAUGGUAAGGUUGUGGACAAGUUUGUUGGACUUCAGGAAGAAUCUAGGAUCGAGGCCUUCGUCAAUCGUCUAAUUGGAGAAUAGAUAAAAAAUAAUUAAUAUCGUUGGAAAAUUUGUAAUGAACUUAGUGGGUAAUAUGCAAGUUGUAUAUCAAUCACAGAUGGGCAUAAUGAAGGUUUAAAUAUACAGGUACUGUAUACAUUUUAUUUCUUUUGGUCUCUUAAGUGUACAUUUUUAUUGUAAGAUACUGUAUGGAGGAGAAGUGAUUCUAUAGAUUAAUUAUGCAAGGUUAAUGCACAUAAUGUGUAUAGUGUAGACAAAGAAAGAUUGCAGGGAAAAUAUGGGCAUGUUGUGGAAGCUGUAACUGCAAAUACUUCCUUUAUUUUUAUGCACUCUUUUUUAAUCUAAGUGGGUAUGUACAUUUAGAAUGUUAACAUUACACUUUUCUCAUGACAUUAUGCAAUGUAUGUUUGUGGAUAAAUAUUUUACCAUUACACUUUUCUCUCAACAAGUUUUGCUUUGUACCUUUGUGGACAAAAGUUCUUUUUACCCCGGUUUGAAACUUUACUAAACCCAGAUGAGGUAAUGCAGUGCUAUAGUGGGUAGAUAAGCAAAUUGGAGACUCCUCCCAGUAGACAGGAGUCUCAAGUAUAAAGAGCUUUUGUUCAUGACUGUACAAGUAAGUUAUUAUCAUUACAGGUUUUUCUUGAUAAAUUUUGUGGCUAGACAGUACAGUACUGUACAACACUUACAUUAUGCAUUAUACAUAACAGUUUGGGCAUCCAUAGCACCUUUUUCUCUCUUCAUUCAUAAUAAAUGAAACACGUCUAUGAUUCAGUGAUCUUUUCUCACUGACUAGAUGGGCCUAUGUUACAGUCCAAGACAUUGUACUUAACAUAUUUUUUACUCUGCAUCUGUGUGAAAAUCUUUGUCUGUCUGUACAGAAGCUGUAAUUAUUGUAGUCUUGAACUGUACAAAUAAAAAGUUUUCUUAUUAAGAAAAAUCAA